UUUGGCAAAACGGAGCAUUUGGAAAACACUCUUGCAAAUGCCUCUCAGAGGGAGACUUUUCAACUGGAUCAUAGCUCGAACCGUAAGACCAAACAAAGCAGCUAUGAGUCACCAUAAAUGCACUGGUUUCAACUUAUUACUCUGUAUCAGCACAAUUCUGACCCUCUGUUAUGAAAGCUCAGCCUGCCGCCAGGGAACAAAGACAGAAUGUGAGAAAGCAUCGUUUGUGCCUGGCUACAACCUUGCAGGAGAAGGAUUUGACGUAGUCACCUUGCGACGCAAAGGUGCCUAUUUGAUAAAUGUCAAAUCACACAGGUCUGACAACUGUACAGUGUGCAGGAACCGCUUCCAAGGAGGACAGGUGCAGAAACUUCCAUUGGCCAUUGUGGACUGGCGUCCUUUCAGCCGUUGCAACAAACAACUGUCAAGUGCUCUUCACCAUUCCGUUAGUUCACUUAUCAAAAGCUCCACAUCACUAAUCAACAAUAACUGGGAGAUGGACCUUAGCCUUGAGGAUGUGAGCAAGGUUGUUAUAGGAGGGAGCAACUCGGAUAUAGCCAAGUUUGCCCAAUCGCAGCACACAAUGGACAAGGCGACCUUUGCUCUCCAUGAAAUCAGCUGCACAUAUUACAGAUGUUCCACUGGAUUUUGGAGUGUGCUUAUGGAUAUUUAUGUUCAUCAGCCACAAGGGUAUUACAAAAGCUACAGAGUAAUGGACCAGCCAGAACUCAGUGCGGAAUUUACAAAACAUUUACUUCAACUACCCAGACAUUACAGUAUGAAAACAAAAUCCCAGUAUCGAAGGACUAUUGAUACAUAUGGCACCCAUUACAUCCGUCAUGUCCAUUUAGGAGGACGUGUGAGACAAGUCACAGCCUUCCGAACCUGCCUUGCAACCUUAAAGGGCUUUGUGGAAUCUGAUAUAAAAAACUGUUUGAACUUUGAGCUUAAAAUAGCUUUAGGAUUUCUGCCUGCAAACGCAUCACUUUCGAAUAAAUGCUCCAAUAUUCUCAGGGAUAACAUGAGCAUGGGCUUCUAUCAGGGUUUCUUGACGCAAAAGUUGGAGGUCCUGGGUGGCGAAAGUUAUUUUCCAGACCUUGUGUUUCGUCAAAGUCCAGCCGAAGCUUAUGCAAGCUGGAUGAACAGCUUGCGUGAGAACCCAGACAUAAUUUCAUAUGCAAUUUUUCCUCUCCAUCACCUGGUAGCUGACCCAGAGCUGAGCUCCAAUCUGAGGAGAGCUGUCACUGAGUACAUUGAAGAGAACAUGCUUCCUUCAGAUCAGAAUCAAAACCAUGAAUGCACCUCCACACCAAACUUGGACCACAACUGCUGUCCUCUGCGAGCUGGUCAUGGCACCCUGACAGUGCUGGUGCAGCGGGCCACAGGUCUAAAAGCAGACUUGUUCACCAAGACAGAUGGGUAUGUCAAAGUGUGGUACAAUAACAUGUAUGAGGAAACGGAAAUAGUGAUGGAUGAUAACAACCCAGAGUGGAACAUUAGUUACAAUUUUGGUUCAAUAGAAUUUGGUCAUGAGUUAAUAUUCGAGGUGUGGGACAUUGAUGUGCUGUAUAAUGACAUGGUAGGAAGUUGUGUUGUCUAUCCUGAAAAUGGAAUUCAUUCACAUAGUUGUAGAUUAAAGAAAGGAGUCUUUUAUUUUACUUACAGUGCCCAGUGUGAUGCUCACCUGGCUGGCCAUAGGUGUGGACGAUAUUCCCCAAAAGCUUAAGUGUCAAAAAAACAUGAUUCUACCUUUUUAAUUGUCUAUAAAUCAAAUGUAACUUCAAAUGAUGAUUACAUAUAGACAUGGGCAAAGCAUCAGCUUUAGUCCAUUCACCUUUAAAAGUUACCUAAUAUUUCUGGAAUUCAAUCAGCCACAGCCAUUGAUUAACCAACAUUAAAACUGCCUAGUACUGCCUAGUAUUGUGUUUCAUGCUUGUGCUAACAAAACAGUUCUGACCCAUCAAGACAUGAACUUUGAAAGGUCCCACUACACAGAUUCUUGAUUAGAUUGUAAUAUGUGGGAAUUUUGGAAAACCAGUAAACACCUGAACUAUUUGAAAAAUGUUCAUUCCUGAAAUUUCUGCAGUGUCACAGGGCACAUAGUCAUACUGAAAGAGGACAAUGCCAAUAAGAAACACAGUUGCAUGUAACAUAAAAUAAUUAAGCAAUUUACAUUUUGCAGUAUAUAAUCCAUAAAAAAAGUCCAGUCAUCCAUGCAGAUUAACUCUUGACAGGGCACACCUGUGAAUUGAAAACCUUUCCAGGUGACUACCUCAUGAAUCUGAUGAGAGAAUGCCAUACUGUCAACAAAGCCAAACGCAGCUACUUUGAACAAUCUAAAAUAUAAAACAGAUUCAGGGUAUUUUAACACUUUGCUGUUUGUACAUUAAUAUUGAAGGAAUUAUGUAGUAAUGUUGUAAUAAAUAAAACAAAAAAAUAUUAAAAUACAAAUUCAGAAAAGCCACUGAAGGAGGUGGUGUUCAAACGUUUGACUAGUACUGUAGCUUCAUACAUACAGUAAAACUUGACUGAGUUUAGGCAGUAGGUUAAAGUUGGAACCAAACACUGGGCAUCUACAUUAAUAAAAUCUAAAUACUGUAUAUGCAGCUAAUGUAAUGUAGAAAUUAAAAAUAUACUGGUAAACAGCAGGCAACACUUAAAAUGCAACAGAUUUUUAGGUUGUGUUGAUUUCAAGAUUUCGGUACAGCAUAUCCAUCCGAAUAGAGAAUCGGCAGUUACAAGCUUUGUUAAUUCGGUUAAUAAAAAAAUGGCAGACUGCCCAACUUUACCAAGCUAUUUUUAGCAUUAGCUAGGUUCAUACAAACAACAGUACAUUGUUUUAAAAUUUAAAUAGUCAAGUUUAUUUCUAUAGCGCUUUUCAUAACAGACAUUGUCUCAAAGCAGCGUUACAGAAUUUAAGAGUUAAGGUGAACAGUGUGUAUUUUCCCGGAUUAACAGCCAUGGCUACUGUGGCAAGGAAAACUCCCUUAGAUGUUAUGAGGAAGAAACCUUGAAAGGAACCAGACUCAAAAGG